AUGCUAUUCCGUCGAAAGGAGAUUGCUUGGGAGGUCGUCGACAGUAAAAGCAUUCAGCCUGUGCCCAUGUUUUAUGAAGAUGAAGAUCUAGAAGUUGUUUCAAUAAAAGAGACAAAUGUCCGAAGAACAUAUGUUCUUGACGUUAAACGCGACGCCAGAGAAAGCAACCAGCUACUCCGAGCACUUAUGUUUGCGCGAGAGCAAUUACAGCAAGAAAUCAAAAGAAACGGUUAUAAUGUCCUUCUUUCUGAGAGUUGGAAUGUAACUGUACUUCGGAAGGCAAAGUUGCAUAGGAUACAGGUGGAAUACGGCGGUCGGCCUGCCCUCGCGCUCAAUAAAAUCCCUGAGCGACACCCACCAUUCAUGGCCAUCUUACAGACUUCUCACUAA